UUGUUUUUCUAAUGUUGAACCGUCCUGCAUACCUGGUAUGAAUCCCACUUGGUCAUGGUGAAUUAUUUUUUUGAUAUGUUGCUGAAUUGUACUGCCUAGAAUUUUGUUGAAGAUUUUGCAUCUACAUUCACAAGGGAUAUACUUCUAUAAUUUUCUUUUCUUGUGGUGUCUUUACCUGGUUUUGGAAUCAGGGAUAUGGUGGCUUUAUAGAAUGAGUUUGGCAGUAUUCCGUCCUUUUCUAUGCUCUGAAAUACCUUUAGCAGUAGUGGUGUUAACUCUUCUCUGAAAGGUUGGUAGAACUCUGCAGUGAAGCCACCUGGACCAGGGCUUUUUUUGUUGGGAGUUUUUUGAUUACCUUUUCAAUCACUUCUUUUGUUAUGAGUCUAUUUAGUUGUUCUUCCUCUGUUUGUGUUAGUUUAGGUAGGUAGUGUGUUUCUAGGAAUUCAUCCAUUUCUUCUAGGUUUUCAAAUUUGUUUGAGUAUAGUUUUUCAUAGUAAUCUGAUUCUUUUAAUUUCAGUUGGGUCUGUUGCCCUAUCGCCCCUCUCAUUUCUUAUUUGCUUCGUAUCCUGUUUUUCUUUUGUCAGUUUGGCCAGAGGUUUAUCAAUUUUGUUGAGUUUUUAAAAAAAACAGCUUUUGGAGAAGUAAGGAUUUUCAUUUUAUCAACCUCAACCUUCUGACUAUGGAGAAUGCAAAGAGCAAGGAGAACUCUGCAGAGAAGCCAGGGGAGGAGUACCUGACUCUCGGGUUUGGACCCGGGUCAGCAAGAACUGAAGAACAGCAGCAGGCUGCUAAUGAACCAAGCACAUCAGCUUCACCGAAAACCUCAGCGAAGGUGACCAAACGCCAAAAAACUAUUAAAGAAGAAAAAGCUUCCGGUUCACGAGAGAAUGCAAAAAGCAACGACAAUCAAAAACCCCAAAAACCUAGGAAGAAGAUUCCAAUUGCCCCAUUACCUUCUAAGCUGCCGCCAGUUAACCUGCUUCACCGAGACAUCGUGCGGGCCUGGCGCCAUCAGCUAAAGCUGAGCACCAAAGGCCAGAUAUUAGAGGCAUAUAAGCGACUCUGUGAAUAUGCUUACCCGAAUCAAAACAGUAUUCCUGCCACAGCAAAGGAAGCCAAGAUCCAGGCUCCGUUAAAAAGAAAAUCAAAGGUGAACAAGGGGAAAACACCUCUGGAGGGUCCUGAGAAAAAGAGGAUGUGUUCCGAGGAGACUGAUCCUCCUGAAGUGGCUUCUCCCCCUGAGGAGGGGGCACCUGCCUUUGAAUCUGCUCUCCCGGAGGGAGUUAAUAGCGUUGUGGUGACGACUUCGGCCCAGGAGUCUGCGCUGGCCUCCUGGACAAGAAUUGCAGGCAGGGCUGGGAGGGUGGAGGCACUGGAGUCUCCACCAGAGGGUUAUGGUGUCAGGUGGUGUGUGGUACAUGGGAGAAGUCUCCCUGCAAACACAGAUGGUUGGGUUCAGCUGCAGUUUCAUGCUGGACAAGUCUGGGUCCCUGAAAAGCCAGGGAGAGUGAGUGCCCUCUUCCUGUUACCUGCCUGCAACUUUCCACCUCCGCACCUGGAGGACAAUAUGUUGUGCCGCAAAUGUGUUCAGAGGAACAAGGUGUUAAUGAAAAGCCUUCAAUGAGAUUAGAAUACCUGGGAAAGGGGCUCUUCCAUGAUUGUGAUUAAUGAUUGAAAGGUUACCACAAUGGACACCAUGGCACCACCUACACCUGAGUUUCUGUCCACUCCCUC